GCGCCGCGGGAGCGGCCGCAGCAACAGGUGGGGCCGAGCGGCACCGGCACCGGCACCGGCACCGCACCUAGAGCCCGAGCGAAGCAGAGCCGCCCUGGCCGAGCCGCUUCUCUUCAGCCACGGGAGAGGCCUCGCAGGAACGCCGAGGGGCCGUCCUGCUGCCCAGGAGCUGCUGCCACGCCCGGGGAGCUGCCAGCGGCCAUGCUGAGCUGGCUGCCUGCAAGAUGACCCUCACCACCACUGCCACCACGCCAGCCACCAGCGUGGCCCAGGCUUUCUUCUGCCUCCUGCUCUGCAUCCCCUGGGGCAGCUCCUGCCCCCCCAGCUGCCAGUGCACGCAGCGGGCAGGGGCCAAGGCUGUCCUCUGCAGCUCCCAGCACCUGGAGGAGAUCCCCAAGGACAUCCCCAGAGAUGUGGUGUUCCUCAAGCUGGAUGCCAACAGCAUAACCAGGAUCCCCGGCAAUGCCUUCAGGCACCUCUCCCACCUGGAGGAAAUUGAUCUCUCCAGGAAUGCCAUUGAGAAGAUCGACAGGGCAGCUUUCAAAGGGGUGGCAGCCGGGCUGCGGAGCCUCGACCUCUCCAGCAACCGCAUCCGCAGCAUUCCCAAGGAGGCCCUGCUGGCGCUCAAUGCCAAGCUCCGGCUGGCCAACAACCCCUGGCACUGCGAGUGCGCCUUGCAGGAGGUGCUGUGGGAGGCACGGCUGGACCUCGACUCCGUCCAGGACAUCACCUGCCACACGGCCCCGCGGGAGGAGUACGUGGGCAAGCCGCUGCUGCAGGUCCUGGAUGCCGGCGUCAACUUCUGCAGCGUGCGGCAGAGGACCACGGACGUGGCCAUGUUCGUCACCAUGUUCGGCUGGUUCGCCAUGGUCAUCGUCUACGUCAUCUGCUACGUGCGGCACAACCGGGAGGACUCCUGCAGGCACCGGGACUACCUGGGGUCCCUGCCGAGCGCCCCGGUGCCUGCAGAGAGCACCAGCACUGCCCUGUAGUGCAGGGCUGGCCUGCCAGCUUCAGGCUUCUUCGCAGGGAGCCGGAGGCCACCUGGUGGGCAUCAAAGCUUCUCGGCGGGGUUCUCCAGUGCUUUCUUCAGCCAAGUGCCACCGAUCUCCCCUCCCCAGCAACACUGGACUGAGCGUGAGCAAAUGACACGGGGGAGGGAUGCCAGGGACACCCCAUGUGGGCCUGUCCAUGAUGACCAGGUUCUGGGGACAAACAGCCCCAGCCAGACCCUUUUUCCCAACCAGAGCUGGGCUCACAGGGAAUGCAGCUUGUGGUUGGGGAGAGAACAAGUCCCUUGCGGGGAGAAAUGGGGGGAGAGAUGGGUUGUGGGACCAGGAGACCCCUGGGGUGCAGAGGGUCACUGCAGAGGGGUCACCCCAUCUUGGCUCCAGUGGGGCAUCAGCCUUGCCAAGGGCAGGACAUCCUCCCCAAGGCCCUGGGUACCUUGGCAGCCUCUGCCUGCCUCCAGCAACGCGGGGGAAACUCCAAAACCUCUGUUUCCUCAAUAAAGGCCUGCACU